CAAACAGGGUCGCAAAAUGUAAACCUUAUCAUCAUCGUCGUUGACCCUCUCUAGAUUUCUCGAUCGAUCGAUCGAUCGAGAGAGGUGAUGGGGUUAUCAGCGUCAAAACGAGUCUCUCGAAGCUUGGACUCAUCGCCGGAUUUCAACUCAGCCUGUGACUCAGUCUUCGAAGAAUGCCUAAACCUAGCCCAACACGCCUUCCCAGGCGUUAAACCCUACCAGCUCUGCUCCGCCACCGAUCGCCUCCACCACUCCCUCCUCUCCACAUCCCACCCCCACCCUCUCGUCAAGAAAUGGGUCCCGAACCCUCCGACUCGCUCCCAAGUCGACAACGCCUACGAACUAGUUGUGACUCGCCGGUCCAGCAACGAAAACGAAGAACAGCCCAGCCUCGGUCCAAUCGAGUUUAAGGCCUUUGCGACGGAGGUUUUCACAAACGCCGUCGUUUCGAACGCCGGAAAGGCGGUUCUCCAGCGAGUCCCAAUCGGAAUCGCUGGGAUUGCUGGGGUCGGAGUCGUGACUCGGUCCGGGAAGGACUUGGUUGGGACCGUGAUUGGGGUGUACGCGCUCGGUGUUGCGAGUUCUAUUUAUCUCAGUUUAGCUGGAUAGCAGCUAUUGUUGGUGGGACACGUGGCUUAAUCUUGAGCUGUUUGUUAGAACUUGCAGUGAAAUAAACCGUUGGAUUUAGAACAGCUCUGUUUGUUAGUAUAAUGUGUGUUUAUUAAUAUUUGUCAAUAAUAUGUGUGGUUACUUACCAUGUGAAGUUCAGCACAAAAUUGAAAUGAUCAUUGCUUGUUUGUGA